GUCCUACAUGCAGCAUAUCUGCACAUCCGCCGUGCCUCAGAAACGGUCCUUCAAUUGAAAACAUGGCGAGUGUCCGUGCUGCGUCCCGUCUCCUCUCCAAGAGGAUACUGUCGAAAACCAAAGCAGUCCCUGCUGCUGCAGUUCACGGCUCCAGGAACUUUCAUUUCUCCAUCUAUGGCAAGAAGAAAAACGCCCAAGUAUCAAAUGAUAUCUCCACUCAGUACCCAGUGGUGGAUCACGAGUUUGAUGCUGUGGUGGUAGGAGCUGGAGGAGCAGGACUUAGGGCAGCCUUUGGCCUGUCAGAGGCUGGCUUCAACACUGCCUGCAUCACCAAGCUCUUCCCCACCAGGUCUCACACCGUUGCUGCACAGGGUGGGAUCAAUGCAGCCUUGGGGAACAUGGAGGAGGAUGACUGGAGGUGGCAUUUCUAUGACACAGUGAAGGGAUCUGAUUGGCUGGGAGACCAGGAUGCUAUCCACUACAUGACAGAGCAGGCUCCUGCAGCUGUAGUGGAGCUGGAGAACUUUGGCAUGCCGUUCAGCCGCACUGAAGAUGGGAAGAUCUACCAGAGAGCCUUUGGAGGUCAAAGUCUCAAGUAUGGAAAAGGAGGCCAGGCUCACCGCUGCUGCUGUGUAGCAGACAGGACAGGACACUCGCUACUGCAUACACUUUAUGGAAGGUCGCUUCGUUAUGACACCAGUUACUUUGUGGAGUACUUUGCCUUGGACCUGCUGAUGGAAAAUGGAGAGUGUAAAGGAGUGAUUGCUCUCUGCAUGGAGGACGGAUCUAUUCACCGCUUCAGAGCCCAGAAUACUGUCAUUGCCACCGGGGGUUAUGGAAGAACCUUUUUCAGCUGCACAUCUGCCCACACUAGUACUGGAGAUGGAAAUGCAAUGGUGACCAGAGCUGGCCUGCCCUGCCAGGAUCUGGAGUUUGUACAAUUCCAUCCCACUGGGAUCUACGGAGCUGGUUGUCUGAUCACAGAGGGUUGCCGUGGUGAGGGAGGAAUCCUGAUCAACAGCGAGGGAGAGCGCUUUAUGGAGCGCUACGCACCCAAUGCCAAAGACCUGGCCUCCAGAGACGUGGUGUCCCGAUCCAUGACCAUAGAGAUCAGAGAGGGCAGGGGUGUUGGUCCAGAAAAGGACCACGUGUACCUGCAGCUUCACCACCUGCCUCCCCAGCAGCUGGCCACAAGGCUGCCUGGUAUCUCGGAGACAGCCAUGAUCUUUGCUGGAGUCGACGUCACUAAAGAGCCCAUUCCCGUCCUCCCCACCGUUCAUUACAAUAUGGGUGGAAUACCCACAAACUACAAGGGACAGGCGAUCACUCAUACCGAUGGAGCUGACAAGGUGGUUCCUGGACUGUAUGCCUGCGGUGAGGCAGCAUGUGCCAGUGUCCACGGUGCUAACCGGCUGGGUGCCAACUCCCUGCUCGACCUGGUGGUGUUCGGGAGAGCCUGCGCCCUCACCAUCGCCGAGGAGCACAAACCUGGAGAGAAACUGUCCCCUCUGAAGCCGACUGCUGGAGAGGAGUCUGUGGCCAACCUGGACAAGCUGAGGUUUGCCAACGGAAGCCUGAGAACCUCUGAGGUCAGGCUCAACAUGCAAAAGACCAUGCAGGCCCAUGCUGCAGUGUUCCGUACCGGCUCUGUUCUAAAGGAGGGAUGCGACAAGAUGGACGCCAUUUACCAGACCAUGGACGACCUCAAGACCUUUGACAGAGGCAUUGUGUGGAACACAGACCUGGUUGAAACAUUGGAGCUGCAGAAUCUGAUGCUGAACGCUGUCCAGACCAUCCACUCUGCUGAGCAGAGAAAGGAGAGCAGGGGAGCCCACGCCAGAGAGGACUUCAAGGACCGUGUGGAUGAGUUUGACUACUCGAAGCCCCUGCAGGGUCAAGAGAAGAAACCCUUCGAUCAGCACUGGAGGAAACACACUAUGUCCUACGUUGACCCUAAGACUGGAAAGGUUACCCUGGAGUACCGUCCUGUUAUUGACCACUCGCUGGAUGAGCAGGACUGUGCCCGUGUCCCUCCUGCCAUCCGCUCCUACUAAGAAGAUCACUCCUCUUCUUUCCUCCCUCUCUCCUAUUCCCUCUCCCUCCCUCUCUCACAUCCAAUUCACUCAUUCAUUUACUAUUUAUGGAGAUACCUUUCCUGUAAUAGAGAUGGCAUUUUGGGACAAAAUAUGCUUGGUGUUGCACAUGAGUAUCCAUUUAGAACAGUUAAAUACAAAACUGUCAUGUCUUUAAACUUCAUGUGUGUUCUGCCUUGAUUUAAUCUAUUUGCAGCACAUCGAUUUCAAUAUGGUUCUUGCGACCUCUCAUUGUGCGUGAGCUGGUCUUGUAUAUAUAUCAUAAGGCACUCGAGACAAGUGGGCUGGAAUUUUCAGCUUCAAGCUGAAGGACAAAAAAGAGAGAACAGUUAACAUGUUGCAGGACUUAAGCUUGGCCUUCUGUAAUGACACCGUACUCUUGUUGCUUUGUCUUUCAUUGAAUUAAAAUCUUCAAUUAUACCUUCUCUCCUUUGGCCUUUUUGAAGUGAGGGGAUUUUGGUAAUGAUUGUAACUUGAAAUGGACAUGCGAAGAGGGAAGUUUUAAGUUUGUAAAUAUUGCAUAAAUGUACAAUAAACCUGCCGAGUUAUACUGUU